GGCUGAGUCGGACCGGAAGCAGCUUCCGGUCGGGAACCGAAGGGCGAUAGAGGAGUGAGCGCGUCCUUAACGGCGGCGAAAGGCUGCCCGGCCCUGGCCAGCGGGUCGGCGUGUAGCGGCUCUCGCAGGCAGUCGGUGGUCGCUGCAGCUACCACAGCUCACAGGGCGAACUUGGCAGAACAGAGAGGCACCGAAGGAAAGGGGUGUGUAAGGAAGGCCGCAGAUGCAUGGGCACGGAGGCUAUGACUCUGAUUUUAGUGACGAUGAACAUGGUGGAGAGUCUAGCAGAAAGAAAAAAAGAAAAAUUGAAGAUGACUUAUUGUUCCAAAAGCCAUUUCAGAAAGAAAAGCAUGGAAAGGUGGCCAGUAAGCAAGUUGCUGCAGAGCUGCUGGACAGGGAAGAAGCAAGAAAUAGAAGGUUUCAUCUCAUAGCAAUGGACGCUUAUCAAAGGCAUACAAAGCUUGUAAAUGACUAUAUUUUAUACUAUGGUGGUAAAAAAGAAGACUUCAGGCGUUUGGGGGAAAAUGACAAGACAGACUUAGAUGUUAUACGAGAAAAUCAUAGAUUUCUAUGGAAUGAAGAGGAUGAAAUGGAGAUGACUUGGGAGAAAAGACUUGCAAAGAAAUACUAUGAUAAAUUGUUCAAGGAAUAUUGCAUAGCAGAUCUCAGUAGAUACAAAGAAAAUAAGUUUGGAUUUAGGUGGCGAAUAGAAAAAGAAGUAAUUUCAGGAAAAGGUCAGUUUUUUUGUGGAAACAAAUGUUGUGAUACAAAAGAAGGCUUAAAGAGUUGGGAAGUUAAUUUUGGUUAUAUUGAGCAUGGUGAAAAGAGAAAUGCACUUGUUAAAUUAAGGUUAUGCCAAGAAUGUUCCUUUAAAUUAAAUUUUCACCACAGGAGAAAAGAAAUCAAGUCUGGCAAAAGAAAGGCCAAAACCAAAAAAGGCUGUGAAGAGUCAUCACAUAGAAAAUCCAGAUUGUCUCCUGAAGAAACUUCCAAGAAGAAAGAUAAAGGACAUUCAUCCUCAAAGAAACCAGAAGAUUUUAUAAACAAAACCUCUGAUGAAGAAGAAAGUGCUUCAGAGUCUGAGAUUUGGAAGGGCCCAGUGCCAGAAACAGAUGAAAAGUCACAGGAAGAAGAAUUUGAUGAAUAUUUUCAAGAUUUGUUUCUAUGAGACAGAAAAAUCUGCAUUCUUUAAUGUGAAAACUCACUUUUAAAUUUCAUAAACAUUUUAUCUACAAGUUACAGUUUGAGUGGUUGGUCUUUGGAAAUAAAAAUGCUACCACA